AUGGAGGAUGCCGCAAAGGCUGCAGCGGACGGCGUCAUCGAUUCGCUUCGGCAGCUUCUGAAUGCUUUGGCCGUGCUAGUACCUGGAAAGGUGGGCCUCGAAGUUGCCAAAGACGCCGUGGACGCCCGGUCGCUGCCAGCCCUCGGCAAGGCCCUCAAAAGGCUUUGGUUUGACAUAGCGCUGCAGCCGUCGCAGGACUGGUGCGAAGAGAAACAAGCGAUAUGGCUUGGCCAACUCCUUUUGAUCGGCGCCGGCUCGCGUGAGGGCCUCCUUAGCUUUUUCGCCGCGGCGUUGCUGAUGUGUAAUUCACUCAUGUGCUUCGCCAAAGUGCUGUAUCCGCAUGUCGGGAUGGAUCCCGAUGAGGCCUGGUGUGAGAGCCUGGCUGCUGUGCAGACGGCAGUCGAGCGCGACUUUCAACCGGAGCUCUCUCGUCUUCCCGCGGACCACCUGGGCGGCUCAAAAAGGGACGCCCUGGUCUCCACGAACCGUCUGCCGGCGCUGUUCCGCCGGAUGUUCGAUCUGGAGGGGCACAAGCUGACUCCAGCCCAGAAGGGCGGAUUGGCGGUUGCCCUGGUGCUGCCCGGGACUGGAAUCAUCACUGCAGGUGGUAUUGGCACGGCACUGCUGUUCCGCAAGGCGCGCCAAGCAUCGCGGCCAGAGGAUGAGGAUCCUGUUGAGCGGCUUUUCCAGCAAUGUCAGGCGGAGGCACGGGCAGCCAUCCGACGGAAAGAGAACCCAGUGGAAGUGACUUACCUUCCUGGCUCCUACGGGGGAGGGCCCGGCAAGCUGAAGAUCUGCGUGCACGUGCGUGAAUCGCUGGUCCCCUUCGGCGCCGUGCCCCUGGGGAACCUGGGUAGCGACGGAGUUUCAGCCGCGCUCGUGGAGCAGGGGGAGACCUGCCAGCUGCGGCCAAAGGGGGACUCCAACUGCCUGGUUCUCCGGGUCUAUCGCCCUGCGCUGAUUAACGAAGAGCUCCUCGCGGUGGAGAUUGCGCGCGGCGACAAGGUCGUCGUAGUACCUGGGCCGAAUGGCACCGUGAAGUGCUACACGCGACAAACACGGCCGAAGGCACAGCCGCCGGAAGUCAGCGAGGAAGCCAGCGGACCCGUUUCACUAACGUGA